AUGGCCGUCCCUGGCUCCUCCUCGCCGCGGCCGAUUAACUCUCUCUGCGCCAGAGGCCCAGGCCCCCCGCCGAAGCCGUCGCCUGGAGCGCAGACCUGGGAGCGAGCGCGGAGACACGCGAGCGCGGCGGGGAACCGGCUCCACCCCCGGUCCAAUUUCCGCUGGGUGGCGAUUGCGACAACUCAAGCGGUGACUCACGGAGGCCCUCCCGGGCGAGGAUCCCGAGGCGCACCGCACCGCACCGCCGCGGACCUGGCGCCCGGCCGAGGACUGCACCGCCCGCAGGCUGCGCGCGGACGCCGGGAGUCCCUAUUUCUGCGCCCAGCCCUGGCCCCACCUCCUCCGCCACCCAACGGGGAGCCUCCAGGCGGGAUCCACGCGGAAAGCGCCGCAGCCUCCCGGGGCGGCCUCCCGCCUUCGCCGAGCCCCGCCUCCCAGCACUCUCAGCGGAGGUCCCUUUGGGAGCAGAAUUUUCAUCUGCAAAACGUUAGCCUUUUCUCCUGCCCAGAAUGGACUACCGAUGGGUCCGGGACGCUUGAGAAGGUCCUGUUUGGGUAUAAAACGACCUCUCGGCUGGGCUUUCGGCCGGGGGAAGAGAAACGCCUCGGUUCCUCCGCUUCCAGGUCCCCCACACCUCCUCCUCCCCCCGCCCCCCAUCCCCUCCCUCCUAUGCUGAGCGGCUGGGGAGAGACCUAGCUCAUCCCGGGAGGGGAAAGCUUUUUCCGACCGCUCACCUCGCUCAGCCGCCGCGUCCCUGGCGCAGAAAUCCUUCCGCCCAGGGUCGCUCUCUUCCUGGGUUAAAAUUCCGACCACAGCUCCCCUCUCCUUUCACCCCUUACUCAAGGCACAGAAACCACAGAAGAACGGCCGGGCCCGCGCUGGCUUCACCCCGAGGACGCGCGCUGCCAGGGAAUUCAGUCCCCGCACCGCUGGCCCUCCUUCGAGGAGUCUGGCUGGCCCUCCUUCGAACAACCUUGGAGGGGUAUUGACUUCCCUGCGGUUCACGCCGCUUAGAAACCUGACCUGUUUUUAAGAAUAAGCGGGAGAAGGGAUGUUGAGACUGUGUAGUCGAUGAGAAAAUCAGGCUCCCCAGGAUUUCCAGAUCGUCACGGAAUGAGACCAAAAAUCUCACAGCAGUCUCUUUCGGGUGUUAUUUCAAGCUGGAAAAACGGGGAGGGCAGGAAAAACUGAAUUCAGAGGGUUGAUCGAAAAUACUGCCAUGGAGGCUGCCGGGGCCUAAGGUGUAGCGGAAACUAGGAGCGGAAGGAACGAGAAUCACCCGGCAAAGAAUGUAAAUAUUCGGCCUUUGCACCUCUCUCCGGGAGGGUAUCACAACCCCCCUACCUACCCGCACCACCACCCCCCUUACCCCCCACUAAGAAGGGGCAAAGAAAUGUGACUCGGUCCUAAAAUUCAAGUUAUGAAUAAAGAAGUUUCAGGCGCUUGGCUUCUCAACAUUAAA